AGAAAAUAUAUGUUCUAGCCUGCAUCCUGCUCCAUAUCAAAAAUGGAACCAACUGAAACCUUCAACAAUAACAGCAACAGUAACUGCACAAUUGAAAACUUCAAGAGAGAAUUUUACCCAAUCACAUACCUGAUAAUAUUUGUCUGGGGAGCUUUGGGAAAUGGAUUUUCCAUAUAUGUUUUUCUUCAGUCUUAUAAGAAGUCCACAUCUGUGAAUGUUUUUAUGCUCAACCUGGCCAUUUCAGACUUCCUGUUCACAAGCACACUGCCCUUUAGAGCUGACUAUUACUUCAGAGGUUCCAACUGGAUAUUUGGGGACUUGGCUUGCAGAAUCAUGUCCUAUUCCUUGUAUGUCAACAUGUACACCAGCAUUUAUUUCCUAACGGUGCUGAGUGUUGUGCGUUUCCUGGCCACUGUUCACCCAUUACAGCUCCUCCAUGUCACCAGCAUCAGGAGUGCCUGGGUGAUCUGUGGAAUCAUCUGGAUCUUUAUCAUGGCUUCCUCAGCAAUGCUUCUGAAAAGUGGCCAUGAGAAAAAGAACAACAUCAUAUCAUGCUUGGAGCUGAAUCCCCAUAAACUUAAUAAGCUGUUAAUCAUGAACCACAUUGCCUUAGUGGUGGGCUUCCUGCUGCCCUUCCUCAUACUCAACAUCUGCUAUCUGCUAAUCAUCCGUGCCCUGUUAAAGGCAGAGAUCCCAGAGUCAGGUCUGCGUGCUUCUCAUCGGAAAGCACUAACCACCAUCAUCAUUACCUUGAUCAUCUUCCUUCUCUGUUUCCUGCCAUAUCACACCCUGAGGACCCUCCACCUGGUCACUUGGAGCACAACUUCUUGUGGAGAUGAGCUGCACAAAGCCAUGGUUAUCACCCUGGCUUUGGCUGCAGCCAAUAGCUGCUUCAAUCCCUUCCUCUAUUAUUUUGCUGGGGAGAAUUUCAAAGAUAAAUUAAGGGGUGUAUUCCGAAAAGAACAUCUAAAGAAAGCAAAGGCAAAGUGCAGCUUUCGUUUUUGUGUGUAG